CGCCAUCCUCACUUUGCAGGACGCUGAAGGAACUGGCAGGGUUUGUUCACAGGCUGACUGCUGCAGUUAGACGGACAAAUAACUCAGUGUGCCACAGAGACUGAAAUCAUCUCAAAAUGGAACAUCAGGACCACAUGAAUUCUGGACAGGUGGGUGACUCUCAGCACUCUCCUGGGAGCAACAUAGCAUCUGGUGUAGGCAACAUGACCAUCGAUGACAGCCAUCAACAAGACAUGAAGAAUGGGAGAGCAGCACACAUGGGAACGGGUGAUGGGCCAGUGAAAGAGGACACACAUGAACCAGCGACUGAAGUGACCACCCCAAAGCCUGUUUUGGAAGAAUCCGAACCCAAGCCCUCCUUUGAUAAAGAUGUGCCAUUGGGGACAGCAGGAGCUGGAGAAGAAGAGUUAACACCCGGAAGCCCGCCCGAGAGUGGCCGGAGCAGUGCGGCAUCAAUGGAUGGGGAGGGAGAGCGAGAGAAUGGGGAAAAGGAGAGCUCUGUCAGCCCAAGAGGGUCUCCAAUGUCUCCACAUCCACUACCAACCACUCUUGCUGAUGAUUUGUGUUCAGGGAUCACAGGUUUUGAUAGCCAUGUGAAGAGGAGUCCCUCAGAAAAGAUGACUGACCAUCAUAGUGCCAGUGGAUCUGAGGAGGAGAAAGAAGAAAAUGAAAUGGAUAAGUCUGAGAGAAGAUUUUCUCCUGGUGUGGAAGAAGCUCCCAAAAGUGCUAUCAACAUAAAAGAGGUUGAAGAAGAGGACAAAGUAGUUAGUGAUGAAGAAGAGGAAGAAACUGGAGUUUCCUUGGUGCUCAGUUCUGUCACCCCAGACUUGUCAACCCAGAAAGACGACAACAUUGAUGACGAACAUGAAACCCCUACUCAUCUUCGCAUGACCCCAGAGGAAGCUAAAAAACGUGGUCUAUCAUUUGACUACACAGAACCUCAGUAUCCUCAUCAGGGUGGUCCUGUGGGCUGGGAAUGCAGCUCUGACAAAACACCACCAGAAAGCAAGAGCCCCGACUCCUGCAGGGCGGAUCCGGGAUCACCUCUCUCUCCCAGUGCUGCUGCCGACCGUACCCAUGUGGAAUCAUCUCUAACAGACUUCCAAACAGAUGCUCGGAAGGAAGUAGAGGUACCAGACCCUGGACAAGAAGAGGAGGCGACAACUGUUCCUCUGUCUUCCCAAGAAGUUGCUGCACCCAAAAUGGAGCCUAUGGCACAGAAACAUAGAGAACCUGAAGAAGCAAAAGAGAUCAAGCGGGAGAAAUAUUUGGAGACGAGCGAUGAUGAUCGCAUUGAUAUGGAGAAGGUCCAGCCUGUUGACACACCUGAGCCUAUUGCCACUCCUGAAACUGUUACCACUCCCGAACCUGUUGCCGCCAAAGCUAAGGAUGCUGUUAAGCCCAGCGCCCAAGUAAUGCCCACAAAAGCACCAAGCAAAGAAGCUCCUGUCAAAGAAUCUCCAGCCAAAAAAACAAAGAAACCCGUCGCUUCAGUUGCUGCCCCUCCUUCCCCUAAAUCUGCUCUCAAACUUCAGAAAUCUCCCUCUAAAGAUGCUGCUCCGGCCAGAAAAGCAAGUGUCCCAUCCAAAGCCAAGGCUGGAGCGGGGGCAACUCCAGACAAAAAGGCUGGAGAUGCCAAGACGAAGACAGUGGGUGCCAAACCCCAAGGAGUUGGAACUAAAAUCCCUGCUGACUCACCUAAAACCCCAGACCGUAGUGGUUGCAGCAGCCCAGCCAGUCGGUCCUCUACCCCUGGACAACAGGUGAAGAAAGUGGCGGUGGUGCGCACCCCUCCUAAAUCACCUAGUUCAGUGAGAUCUCGUGCCCCCAUUGCUCCUGUUGCACCCAUGCCUGACCUGAAGAACGUCAAGUCCAAGAUCGGCUCCACUGAGAACAUCAAACACCAGCCUGGAGGCGGGAAGGUGACUAUUGUUCAGAAGAAGAUCGACUUUUCUAAUGUUCAUUCUAGAUGUGGAUCCAAAGACAAUAUCAAGCAUGUUCCUGGUGGUGGUAAUGUGAGUAACCGGGUCGACCUAAGCAACGUCCAAUCAAAGUGUGGCUCCAAGGUCAACAUUCAUCACAAACCGGGAGGAGGAAAUGUGGAGAUCAAAUCUGAGAAGUUGGACUUCAAAGGCCAGUCAAAGGUUGGAUCUCUGGAGAACAUUGGACAUGUUCCUAAGGGUGGACAGAAGAAGAUUGAGAGCCACAAGCUAAAUUUCCGAGAGCAAGCCAAAGCGCGCACCGACCACGGCGCUGAGAUCGUGUGCCGGUCCCCCGACAUUUCCACGGAUGGAUCGCCCCGCCGUCUCAGCAACGUGUCUUCCUCCGGCAGCAUCAACAUGACCGACUCCCCACAACUGUCCACGCUAGCUGAUGAGGUGUCAGCCUCCCUCGCUAAACAAGGCCUGUGAGCUGCCAGCCCAAACGUGUCGGCAAUUGACAAAGUGAAAAAAAGUUACAAAUGUAUCUCCUUCAGUCCUUUUAAAUAAGGUGCUUGUCGGAUUUCUCCUAACUAAAGGUUGUCCCAGCGGCUUGUCUGCUUGUGAAAUAAUUUUUGCCUCCUGGCACGGAGAGACAGGUAUUGAUGUUAUUGGCUUAGUAUCAUCAAAAAAAAAAAAAAACAAUUACAAUUUAAAGGGAGCUGGUGGUGUAUUGAUCCAAAUGGUUAUUUACAGCACUGAGUAGCCUGAUUUUGUUAGUUUUAAUACCCCGUUUUUUAAAAGAAACAACAAUGACAUUUGCUUUCAAAGCUGUAUUUGCUUCGUUGCCUUAUUGUGAAUGUUUUUAUUUAUCAUAACUUAUGCACUCCUGUUUUGACAUGCAGCCGUAGGGAAGGCAAACAUGCUCCAUGGUUUGGAAGGGUGCAGUUAAUGAUACUGGCUAUGAAUUUGAUAGGACAAAAACAUUUCAAACGCUCUUAGGUAAAACUUGUGGCAACAGUGGCCUGCUAUAUAAUUAUUUAAAUCAAAUACAUCAGCGGGCACUAUAAUGCAUGCUUUGAUUCUUAAUAAAAGCUGUUCAAUUCUCUAAACACCUCAAUUGUGUGUUUGAUCCAAAAUGAAACAGUAAAGACUUUGAUAAAUCAUUAUUCCGAUGAGUCUGGGAUGCUGUAAUUUUAAUAUCAUAAAUGAGAUAUUUCUGUACCAGACUUUGUCUGUGAAUUCUUUAAAACUGCACAUCCUCAUUCAUCACCACAGCAAAUUCUCAAGGCUUAUCUGUCCUCAGCUGCACUGGAAGUUGCGUCGCUGAAUGAAAUCUUCUUGCUUGGCCUCUAGUGACUCUUUUGACAGAGAAGAAAGCAAAUGUCAAUAUACAAAAAUCAUUCAAAACUUUAAAACAAAGCUGUUGCACGGGGCUCAACAUUAAGGAUUUUUUUAUCUAUCUGAACAGUUGUUCACAUUUUGUGUCUAAAAAUAUACAUUUCACUUUAGGAUUAUCUUUUUAAAAUUAUUUAAUGCAAGUAAUUAGAUAUGUAAAGCCAUUAAAGUUGACGUAUAGCUUUUGUUGGAAAAUAUUUGUAAAAUUUAAAUUUUAGCAAAAUUGUCUUAAAAAAUUAGAGAUGAUCUGUUUACGAUUAUUUAAUGCAAAUAAUUAAAAAUGUAAAAAAAAAAAAAAAAAAAAAAUGGGGCAUAAAUGUCAUAACGCAAAACCUUACUGAUAAUAUCUAAUAAUUAAUGACAACCAUUUCAGUGCAUCCAAUACAUCGCUUGAAGUUUCAGUUUUCAAAACAAAAAUGAUUGCUAUGAUUAACAAGUUCUAUGAGACCAAAUAUAAGAUGUAGGGACGGCCUUAAACAGGCCCCGGAUCACAUUGUCAUCCUUAUUGUUGAGCUCUGAAGUAGUUUGCCCUGCACAAGCCCCAUCAAACUGAUAUCACUCGGUACAUUCACUCAUUGUUUCCUUUAACUCAUCUCUGUACGGUCACGAUGCUUCUGUACUGAUGGUUUUCAGCUUCUGUGUAUAAAAUGCUGUUCCAAAGAAUGUGUGUAUGGACCGAUGCAAAGGACAUGAGGGGAUUUCAAAGCAUUCAAUAAAAUAACUGUAACAUCAUAUCGGGAAAUCUCAUAUUGGGAACAGACAGCUGAAAAGUGCCUCCCGGUGUCCAUCAGCUGCAUUUGAGAAAACAACUGUCUGUGUUUUAAAGAUUCUCUGUGGUCUAAGAUGGAUUCAGUCAUGUACAGCAGCACAGAGCGGAUUCAUUUGUUGCAGGACAUUUAACACAUUAGCCAAGCUCCCCUCAGUACUAAAGCCUUCAAUACAGUCAUCAGUCCAAACCACAACUCUCACACGCUGCACAUUCCCAGCAUGCAAUGGACUUCACCCUUGAAUAUAGUAACCAGUCACCACAUCCCCGUACAACUGUUUAGAAAACCACCUUUACUAGAGCGUUUAACUCAUCUUAAAACAUGCAAAGAAAGAGGAAGAAAAAUAAAAAAAAAGAAAGAUUGAAGGAAUGAAGCUACCUGCUAAAAUCCAGGUUUAUGUUGCACACUUUUUUUUUUUCUAAUAGUAUUGUGUGGACGAUGUAAAAGAUGUACGAAUGUGUUCAGAUGAUCUGAUUUGGAUCUGACACUAAGCUUUUUAUUUAAUAUCUGCAGUGCAUUGCAGCUUUAUGCUCAUUUGAAAGUGAAUGCACUGAUUUGUCAGAAGAGCUGCCUUUACACAAACUACAUUACUCGUUUAGAUGUAUAUCUUGCAUUUAGAAAGGGGUAUAUAAUAUUAGGUAAAGUAGGGGGAAAUUUGCAUCCAGAAUCCACAAUAUCAGUACAGGACUUGCCUAGUGCCACAUGUAUCUCUCUCACCUGACCCUGUGAGAAGCUUUAGAGGAUUGCUGUAAAUCCAACACUGUGGCCGUCCUUUGAACAGCAUGCUGCUAACAUAAACCUGAGCAUUUAGACGUGUGGGUUAAGCUGGAGAACAGAAUUAUCAGAUAAAAUGUUUAGAAAUGGCACUGGAUAAGGCCUUUUAAGUAAUUCUACCCUUUAGCUGCGUUUCAGACUGUUCUGUAAUCUGUUUACCGGUCGCGAGGUCUCUCUCUCUCUCCUCCGUUUCUUUUCCCGCCUCUGCUCUUCUCUUCUCAUCGCAGUUCUUCAUUCUAGCUUGACAGUUGUGAUUGUCUUUAUCGUAAUGUGUUUUAUUAAUUGGUUUACAUUGAUACUCCUUGCUGUAAACGUGAAUUUGGAAAUAAAGUCCGUAUUAAACUGC